CUUCCACAAGGUCAUGGCCUAUGGGAGACGGAGAAAAUCAUGAUAGGAAAAAGUGAGACGAUGACAAGCAAAGAGAGAAAUCUGAGUGUUGUUAAGAGACUGACGGAAGGACCUACCAGGAGCUGUGAAGCACAGGUGCAAGUGAUCCAGGUGCCCUGUAGGUGGCGAGAGCAGUACACUGGUGGAAUUCAUCACCCAUCAGCUGAGGCUCACAUGUCAAAACAAGGCGGCCAAGACCAGAGUAGCGUGUGAUCUUGAUCACGACAGAACAAGCACAACUACCUCAGUGCAACUGACCUGGAAGCUUUUUAUUCUGAAGACCCCCUGGCAUCAUCACAGCGGCAUGGACGGUGCCACAACCCUUGACCUCCUCAUUAGAGACUCAAAAAACAAACAACUAAACAGCAAUAACAAAGAGGCCUCUGGACAAUCACCCUUGUCUCUUUUUGCAGUGCCUGGUGCAAAAAACAAAACCUCUAAUAUAGAAGAUACAAAAGAUUUAUAAAGCACUGACAACAGAAAGAGACCCUUUCCUAACACAGUCACCUUUCCUGCUCAUUUCUGUUAGCUCUAGUCCUUUUUUCUGAAAAGACAUUCCUUACACGAUCCAAGAAUAACAGCUUAGGAAUUGCUGUGUGGUAAUUUAUAUACUUGAACAAACUGAGCCUCCAAAGCUGCGCUUGACCUCUCAAACACACUAAUCAUGAAAAAAUCAGCCCUUAAAUUUAGAUUGAGGGAUUUGAAUUUUGCAAUACAACCCCUAGUCAAGGCAAUGUUUAAAGUUCUUUCUUUGUUCUUCAUUGAAGGAAGGUUUUCGCUUUACAAAACAACCAAUUCCAGUGGGUUUUUUAAAAAAAACAAAAACACAAAGAAAAUGAAUUAUUUGACCUCACAUAGUUGACAUGUUAGAGCCUCGAAGGAUGACUUGAACAUAUUUGCAGCAUAGCAUCAAAAUAACACAGAGGAAAGAGGUUAAAGAUAAAAAUAAACCGGCAUAAUCAUAGUGUAAACAAUAUUCAAAUAUAGCAUCAAACAGAAAAGAUGGUAUAGAUAGUAAAUAUGUUAAUGUAGGCAUACAGAGAGCAUACAUGAAAAAAAAAUCCCUGAAAUAUUUUACUUGUGCCAAUACUAGAGCUUUGCAGUAAUGACUAAUGAAUGGGAUAAAUACUCCAAGGGCUUGAGCACUGUUCAUCCUGCAAAGCCUAAUCACACCAUUAGGAAAUCACUAUUUUAAAGCUUUUCAUGCAUCCAAGCGGUAUCAGUGACCUUGAUACCGCUUGGAUACCACAGAGGUUAAAUACCUGGGAGUCCAUGCCAGUCAGUUUGAACUGAAGAAGCACCUUGGAUAAGAGGCGAAACGUCCUCAAGUAUCUACAACUAAGACGUCCACUUGCCCUCAAUUGAACCCUCUUUGGAUUUUCAUGCAUUACAUCAAAACAAACAAAGAAAAGGAUUUAGAUUACCACAGCGAUUAAGAAAGACUAAUGCCAUGUUUACGCUUUUCAAUUGAGGGAUUUGAAAUAUUCCAGGGAAAUAUUUGCUGUCUCUAAAUCAGAUUAAUAUGUUGUAACUUUGACCAGUCAUUAAUAUGGUAAACUGAUCUGAAGGAAUAUUAAACAAGCUCAAAAUCUUUCUGCUUUGUUGAACUUUUCCUCACAUAAACCUCUUGUCAAAAAUAUGGUGACUAUUUGAUUAUUAUGUGGAACAUUUGGCCGUCAGUGAUCUCAGGCACAAGAUAAGUAAUCAUAAUUUCACUGCAGCCAUUAAUUGGAAUUAAAGACAUUAAUACCACUGGGCAAUAUUACAGAGUUGGCUUUUUAAAGCCUUGAAAAUGUUGGAUGAGGGCCUGUAAUGAAGUCAGUUGUUAAAAAUUCCUAAUUAUUUCUGAAGAACUUUUAUUUGUUUAUAUAUGUUUCCUUAUAAAGAUGUAAAUGCGCAAAAAUGUACAAGCUUAACCUGAUAGCGUGUUUGAAUUUAAAUGGCCAAAUAUGAAUAUAUGGAGCUAUGGAAAACUACACCAAGUGCAAAUAACUAUUAAUUCAAAUAUGAAAUAUCUGACUAUUAAAAUGCAAUUGCAAUACAAACUGGCUAUUGGAUCUGAUCACUUGGUAAUUGUUCUUGUCAUUAUUCCAGGUUAAACUCCUGUUGCAUCAAUAUUUCACAGUUAUAAGGCUACUUAGUUAUUUCUGUUAUCAUUAUUAUUAUUAUUAUUCUGUCUAAUUAAUGGUGUUCAAAAGAUUAGGACAUAUAGUACAUUUUAUUUUGUAUUUUAAAAAUGCAAAAAGUAUUGCACAUAUAGACUAAACCGUGAUGUAGUAAAACUGUGUUAACAUGGUUCACUGUCAGAUUUAACUCUGGGUCAAGAUGAACUACAGUGGUCUGACUGUAUGUGUUCAUCAUGGACACAUCAGAUGCCGCAGGUGUUCCUGACAGUCUAUAGAGGCACUGGAAGAUGAAAAACAUCAAUAAUUUAUCCAAACAACUACACUCUAAGUCCAACAGUUUAUAUCAACCAUUUACUGUAAAUCAAUUGUCUCUCAUACACAUGUGUCAGUAAAGGUCAUGGAAACAGAAUGGUGACAUUUGACCGAGGUGAUGUUAGAGCUUCUUGCCCUUCAAUUUUUCAUUUGCACUUGGACUUGACACAAGUUGACCUUAUGCUAUAACUGUCUGCUGGAAAGAAGAACUCUUGGAUUACUGAUCGCCUGGAAAACAAAUUGUUGGAUAACUGAACCCAUGGAAAGCCCAUAACGGAAAACUCCUGUAAAACUGACCUGCUGGAAAAUGGCUUUUAAUGGGCCCCCUGUGGAGGAGCACUUGCUGGCUAGAGUCAGACGGUGGUUCAAUUACUAUGCAGGUGGCCCAUUUUGGCCUUUUAACCACAGUAUUGAAUGCCCUGAUACUGAAAGGCCUCCUGAAGAGGACGGGAUCAUCCGCAAUCUCCCAGUCCCCCAUGAUGACCAUGAGAGGAAUGAUGGUCAUCGGAGUAUCUCUGGAGAAGCAAGAGUGGAAGACUCAAACCACAAUGCUGAUGAAAAUAGCAGACCUCCCUCUCCUCCACACCAGCAGUUCCCACCACAGCACUUUGGGAUGAACUGGCAACAAUGGGGUCCUGCUGUUCCUGAUUUCCCUGGUCCCUAUCCUGUUCUUUAUGCUUAUCCUCAUCCUCAUGCGCAUCCGUUUGCUUUUCCUCAUGAUGCGCCUGCUUUUCUGCAUGCUGCCCUUGCUUUUCAUCAUGCUUAUCCUUUUGCUUUUCCUUUCCCUGAUCCUUACGAAUUUCUUCAUGCUGCUCCUGCUUUUCCUCAUGAUGCUCCCACUUUUCAUCCUGCUUUUCCUCAUGCUGCUCCUGCUUUUCCUCCUGCUUUUCAUCAUAUCGAUUCUCCCCCUAUUCACCAAGAAGAUCCAGAUGAUGUUUUUGAGGUGGCGAUUGCCUUGUACCUGGAAGAGCAUGAAGAAAACGAGGACCCUGAGAUCGAUGUUGUGGGUUUGGAUGAUGAGGAUGGGAUUCAGGUCCCUGAAGUUUGUGUUGAGAAUAUCGGAUCUCUCUCUGCAGAAAAUUGUUUUGACAAACUCAGUUUUUGUAGCUGUGAUAGCUCUCUGGAUGAGGCCCCUGUAUUUCCCUCAACCUCUGGACUCAGCUCCUCCACAAGAAGGAACGGAGAGGAGAAUGACUCAAAGGAGGCUACUGCAAAGAGGCUGAGGUGGUCUGAUGACAACAACACAGAUUAACUCUGCAACUCACCACAGGGCUGACAAACCUCUUGAAAAAACCAGAGCACGCAAACCAAGUCUGUAUUUAACAGAGAAUCACCUCUACCACCUGAAUCACCUCUACCACCUGUUACUGACUUAAUUUGGACAAACUAUAAUUGUCUAUCCAUAUAAUGUCAUUUAUUCAACAACUAAAACACUACUUGUCUUACUAACCAUUAUCUCUCUACUUUUAACUUACUACCACGCGGGCCCAGACUAGCCAUUGGGAGUACCGGGGCAAUUGCUGGUGGUCUUUUUUUCUGCUCUUGCUGUGUUGCUGACUCAAGCUAACAGCUGCCCUAAGCUGUCUGGGGCUGAUGGUUGCUAACAUAAAGUUUAGUUUGCUGCUGACUGAGCAGUUUGUCUUGAUGUGUUGGCGCCAGCGAUAUGUUGGUGAUUUCAACUUGUUUUUCCAUCACAAGCUCAGUGUGACACAUUUCCCAGUAUGAGCUAACGCUGUUUUCUCUGUUGUGAAAAUGGGAGUGCAGAGCAAAUUAUGUUUUGUUCUGCUAUUUUGCUAAUUGUAGCUCAUGGCAAUGUGAGUUAGCUUGCACUGUUGAGCUUAAACGACUAUUAGUAACUGUCUUCUUUUCAAAACAGUAACGUUAUGUGUGUGUGUGCACGUUAAAUGUUACCCUAUGCAAAACAUAUAUUCACAAUGUUCACAUAGAGUUUAGAGUUUAGUUUAUUGGUUUGAUUUUUGAUUUUCCAUGUUUAUGGUUAUAUGUGUUUAUUGCUGGAUUUAUGAAUACCAUAAACCAAUAUUACAUUUAAGUGUCUGUAAUCAUUAUAAUAUUUUAUUGAAGAACACCUAUUUCACCUAUUGCACAUUUGUGCAGUAUCUACAUGACACACCCAGUCAGGGGGAGUAUGUUGUGCAACAUACUUCCCCAUUUAUGACACCUGCACAGGGGUUGGAUUUUUGUAUAACUCAUCCGUUUAAAUGUUAUUAAGGCUUAAAAUUAUGCAUUAAUUAAGUAUAGGCAUCACGAUUUCAAUGUAUUUUCAGUUCAUGAGUUAACUGUAACAUUUUGGUCGCCUAAAGAAGUCUUGUUCAGCAUUUAGUUGUGCUAAAAGACCCUAUAAGGAGUCAGUUUUUCCAGUAAGUACAUUUUGUUUUAAUGGUUUUA